UAGCAAAAACAAAUUGUUAAAAACGCGACAGGAAAACUCGUUUUGUUCUCACAUUCGGCAUUAAAAUUUAUAUGCAACAGCAGUGGUUGUCUCGCUCGUACACACUUAUUUGACAUACAAAAAGGCCGCAUACAAUACAAGCGAGAUAAAUAGCACUCCAAAACAGAAAAUCAACGGGAGCGCGCAAAAAAUCCAAAAGCAAAUUAUAUGAAAAGUGAACUCAAAGUGGAUAAUGAAAAAUGUAUAAAACAAACGCUGCAAUUGUACCACCAGAAAGCUGUAUGCACAUUGAUAUUGGGAUGAGUAGAGCUUAUUGCCUUACAUGACUGUCUUUUAUGCACACAUAAUCUUUAACAUGCAUAUGCAUGUUUAGCACAAUCUUGUGGUCUAGCAUUGUGAUUGUCGGUCUAAGUUAAACAUAAAUACAUAGUCUAUUUCAUAUUGUGAUCGACACAACUGACCGAAGAGCUAACAUAACCUCAAAUUUGCCGCUGCAGUCGGGGAAGUCGUCAUCAGCGUCAACGUUGUUGGUGGAUAUUCUUCAACAACCACAGCUUCUUGAUUUAAUAAGCAUCGUUUGCGAAACGACGACGCCAUGAAUGACAAAAUAAAAUCGCCAUCAACACAAGGUAGUGGUAGCGGUGCGACUGGUGCAAGCGCAUCCCCAACUGUGGCAGCCAGUGCAGGUGGCGCUACACCACCAACCGCGGGUCCACCCACACCGAACAACGGCAACGAUUCUAUUAUACAGCAAGGUGGCACUGUACCGCAUCCGUACAGCGGGCCGCCGCCUGGCGCUCUGCCAGGUUCAACUCCCGACUCAGCAACAGCUAUGUCACACUAUCACCAUUUACAUCAACAACAACAGCAGCCACAGGGGCCGCCUCUUCCACCACACAUGCAGCACCACGGUGGACCACCGCCACAACAGGGACCACUACCGCUUCCACCCGAGCAUACACCUGGUGUGAAGGAUGAAUAUGGUUCGGCACAUUUGCCACCGCCACCCGGCGUCCAACAUCCCCAUGCACAUCCAGCCUACGCGCGCUAUCACUCAGGUGAUCCCAACAUAGAUCCCUAUCGAUAUGGGCAUGCGCCCACGCAGCAACCACCUCCUGGGGGCAAAACGCCGCACCAACAACAACAGCUGCAAGGUUCUGGGGGAUCCCCGAAUCGACCUCCACAACAGCGGUACAUACCCGGUCAACCGCCGCAGGGGCCAACCCCAACCCUGAAUUCAUUACUACAAUCGUCAAAUCCGCCGCCACCACCCCAGCAUCGCUAUGCGAAUAAUUAUGAUACCCAGCAAGUUGCCAAUGCGGCAGUGGCUGCCGCAGCCCAACAGCAGCAUCAACAAAAUGUUCAGCAGCAACCUGGAGGGCCACCGCCUCCACUACCAACUCAUGGACCGCCGCCACCACAACACCAGCCGUACGGUGCACAACAGGGCGGGUGGGCACCACCCCCAAGGCCCUACAGCCCACAGCUGGGCCCAUCGCAACAGUAUAGGACACCACCACCGACAAAUACUUCCAGAGGUCAAUCACCAUAUCCGCCAGCUCACAGUCAAAACUCAGGUUCCUAUCCAAGUUCGCCCCAACAGCAGCAGCAGCAGGCCCAACAGCAACAACAAGCUACACAACAGACAGGUGUUAGCGCUCCUGGAGCGCCCGGAGCGCCACCACCUGGACCCUCACAACAACAGCAGCAGCAACAAAAUACACCGCCCACUUCUCAAUAUUCGCCGUACCCUCAAAGAUACCCAACACCACCAGGCUUACCGACGACUGGGCCCAACCAUCGAACUGCCUACACAACGCACCAGUAUCCCGAACCUAACCGACCAUGGCCGGGCAGCUCAUCUCCUAGUCCUGGUCCUGGCCACCCAUUGCCGCCUGCCUCACCGCAUCAUGCACCACUCCAACAACCGCCAGCGCCGCAUAGCGGUGGGGGCCCGGCACCUAGCAGCAGUCCAGGGCAUGCACCGAGUCCAUCACCGCAGCCCUCGCAGGCAUCACCAUCGCCACACCAGGAGCUGAUUGGGCAAAAUAGUAACGAUAGUUCAAGUGGCGGUGCACAUAGUGGUAUGGGCUCUGGUCCGCCCGGUACACCUAAUCCACAGCAAGUCAUGAGGCCAACACCCUCGCCUACCGGCUCAUCGGGCUCAAGAUCUAUGUCUCCUGCAGUGGCACAAAAUCAUCCGAUUUCGCGCCCAGCGAGUAAUCAGUCAAGUAGUGGCGGUCCCAUGCAGCAACCAGCAGUGGUUUCUGGCCCACCCCCAUUGCCACCACACGGUCUAUCGGGUGGGCCAUCAUCUCAGCAACAAUCUCAGCAGCAACAGGCUUCAAAUUCAGCAUCUUCAGCGAGUAAUUCUCCGCAGCAGACGCCACCACCAGCACCGGCGCCAAACCAAAAUGUUAACAAUAUGGCUACACCACCGCCACCGCCGCAAGGGGCUGCAGGUGGUUAUCCAAUUCCGCAGCAUAUACAUGGCAGUUACAAAAUGAGCUUGCCGGGACAGAGUCCCGGCGCGCAGGGAUAUCCUCCACAACAAUAUCCUCAAGGCAACUACCCGCCACGCCCUCAGUAUCCGUCAGGAGCGUAUGGAACUGGGCCACAACCUCCUCCAACUAGCCAGCCCGCUGGGGUAGCUAACAGCAUGCCAACCGGCGCACAAGCUGGUUACCCUCGAUCUAUGCCUAAUCACGGUAGUGGGAGCCCUCAUUCGCAGUAUCCGCCCUAUCAGUGGGUGCCACCUUCGCCCCAACAGUCUGGACCUGGGAGUGGAUCAGGACAAAUGGGCACUGGUAUGGGAAACCACGUGCAAGGCAAGGGCACACCGCCACCAGUUGGACCACCACCACCACAAAGCAGUGGUUCUCCGCGCCCUCUUAAUUAUCUUAAACAGCAUUUACAACACAAAGGCGGAUAUGGUGCUAACCCAGCCGGUCCACAGCCGCAGGGAUAUGGCAAUGGGCCGACCGGCAUGCAUCCGGCAAUGCCUAUGGGCCCACCACAUCAUAUGGGUCCGCCACAAAGUAUGGGGCCACCUACUAGCACGCCGCCUCAGGCUAUGCUAGGCGCACAGACCGGAAGUGACACUGAGCAUAUAUCUCAAGACAAUGGCAUAAGUUCAUCAGGGUCUUCGCCAGCCACGGCAUUGCAUGCAGUUACCGCAGUUGUUACAACUGGACCAGAUGGUACACCAAUGGAUGAAGUUAGUCAACAGAGCACACUUUCAAAUGCGUCAGCUGCAUCAGGCGAAGAUCCACAAUGUACCACACCAAAGUCGCGCAAACAUGAUCCAUAUAACCAAAGUCAUUUAGCUCCCCCAAGCACAUCUCCGCAUCCAGCUGUAAUGCAUGGAGGCGCUGGUCCAACUGGUGAAGAUUAUGAAAUGAAUUCGCCCCCGAAUUGGCCACGUCCAGCCGCUAGUUCGCAGGUUUUUAACAGUCAUGUUCCUGUUCAACAAGAGCCAUUUCGUAGUACUAUUACAACUACUAAAAAAUCAGACUCGCUUUGCAAGUUGUAUGAGAUGGAUGACAAUCCUGAUAGGCGAGGUUGGCUUGAUAAACUGCGUGCUUUUAUGGAGGAACGCCGUACACCAAUAACAGCGUGCCCAACCAUUUCAAAACAGCCACUCGAUUUAUAUAGGUUAUAUAUUUAUGUAAAAGAACGUGGCGGAUUCGUCGAGGUAUGCAAGGUAACUAAGAGCAAGACAUGGAAGGAUAUUGCCGGUCUUCUAGGCAUUGGCGCUAGCAGUAGCGCCGCAUAUACACUUCGGAAACACUAUACAAAGAAUCUGUUGGCAUUCGAGUGCCACUUUGAUCGCGGCGACAUUGAUCCAUUACCCAUCAUUCAGCAAGUGGAAGCCGGUAGCAAGAAAAAGACAACCAAGGCAGCAUCGGUGCCAUCACCAGGUGGUGGUCAUUUGGACGCUGGAACAACAAAUUCUACAGGAUCAUCAAACUCGCAGGAUUCUUUCCCUGCACCACCAGGUGGCGCACCGAAUUCGGCAAUCGAUGGCUACACGAGCUACUCUGGCGCUGGUGCAUAUCCACCAUCUGCUGGACCACAACCAGAUUAUGCCACAGCAGGCCAGAUGCCAAGACCACCGUCGCAAAACAAUCCGCAGGCACCUCAUCCAGGCACACAAAAUCAAUCAGCUGCCACUGUUGCCGGUGAUAACAUAAAUGUGAGCAAUCCCUUUGAAGAUCCUAUUGCUGGCGGUGUGGCCGCUGGUGGUGUUGCUGUUGCUGCAGUUGGUGGUGCGUCACACGGUGCUCCUCCACCGCCCCCACAUUCACCGCACUCAGCGCCACAAUCGGGCAACCAACACCACCAACAAGGCAUUCCAACGCAAUUGCCGUCGCCGUCGCAGCAACCACCGGCGCCACCACCACAGCAACAUGGGCCGCCGUCGACGCAGCAUGCGCGCCCUGGAACUGGAGUACCUUAUCCACAGGGUAGCUCUGGGUAUCCAACGCCUGUGUCUAGAACGCCAGGUUCUCCUUAUCCAACACAACCAGGAGCUUAUGGUCAAUAUGGUUCAAGCGAUCAGUAUAACUCCGCUGGUCCGCCUGGUCAACCUUUUGGACCAAAUCAGGGCCAAUAUCCACCCCAGAAUCGCAACAUGUACCCUCCUUAUGGACCCGAAGGGGAAGCCCCGCCAGCUGGCGCUAAUCAGUAUGGUCCCUAUGGAAAUCGACCCUACAGUCAGGCACCACCGGGCGGACCACAGCCACCAGCACAAGCCGUAACGGGUGGACCACCAGCUAGUGGAGCACCAGUAGCACCCCCAAAUAGUGGCUAUGUGCCAAGUACUCCUAAUCAGCAGGACUACUAUAGACCGCCAGAUCAAAGUCCCCAACCGCGCCGACAUCCCGACUUCAUAAAAGACUCGCAGCCUUACCCAGGCUAUGCUGCGCGGCCUCAAAUUUAUGGUGGUUGGCAAGGCAACAACCCACAAUAUCGUCCCCAGUAUCCCACGUCGUCUGCACCACAAUCAUGGGGAAAUGCCCCACCUCGGAGUGCUGCUCCUCCUGGAGGUCCGCAUGGUCCGCACGGACAGCAGCAAACGGGUGUAGCUCAGUGGGAACAGCAUCGUUACCCACCUCAACAACCCCCACCACCUCCGCAGCAGCAGCAACAACAGUCUUAUCAGCAGAGUACUCCGCCUGGACAACAACAACAGCAAACGGCACCACAGUGGGCGCAAAUAAAUGCGGUUCAAGCGCCACCACAAACAAGUAUUUCGCAGCCGGGAUCGUCAUUGCGUCCACCAGUUGGAGUUGCACAGCAACAACGUAUGCCCAGUGGAGUGCCUGUAAUGACGCCACAACAACAGCAGGGGCAAACCGUAACACAAUCACCACAUGGAGGCGUACCAACAUCAAGUAUGCCGCCGGUGACAGGGGGCAUGGUAAAGCCGCCUUUUGCUAUGCCACCCCCAUCACAAUCUGGAGGCGCCUCACCGGGUGUGCCCAUAGUUGGUAGCGCACCAGCCACUAUGAUUGCACAAAAGCAGUCACCAAUAGUUGGACAGGGAAUGCAGCCUACGCAACAGCAGCCGCCACAUCAGUUGUCUAACCAGCAAGCUGCCUAUUCCCCACAAGUAACUGGCGUAGGUGCACAGCUGGUGAAAAAGGAGUUAAUCUUUCCGCACGAUAGUGUAGAGUCAACUACGCCGGUGCUUUAUCGCCGAAAACGCCUGACGAAGGUUGACGUGUGCCCUGUCGAUCCAUGGCGAAUUUUUAUGGCCAUGCGUUCGGGUCUACUUACUGAGUGUACAUGGGCGUUAGAUGUUCUUAAUGUUCUUUUGUUUGACGAUUCCACAGUACAAUUCUUUGGCAUAUCAAAUUUGCCUGGUCUGUUAACCCUGCUGCUGGAACACUUUCAAAAGAAUCUCGCCGAAAUGUUUGAUGAACGUUGUGAAGAGGCGACAGACGAGGCAGAUGAUGAUGCUGACAGUGGUACUGUUGUAUCAUUGAAGAUUGAAGAAAAGCUGCAACGUAGACAAAGCCGAUGUGUGCAUAGCAUCUCCAGCUACAACCGAAGAAGGCACUACGAAAACAUGGAUGUAAAGCGUGUUGGCCGCAGUGAAGACUCCGAUGAUGCUGACGAGGGCAUCGACUUGGGUCAGGUACGUGUCCAGCCUAAUCCUGAAGAGCGGUCGCUUCUCCUUUCGUUUACUCCAAAUUACACUCUGGUCACGCGAAAGGGUGUACCAGUCCGCAUUCAAACGGCAGAUCAUGAUAUCUUUGUUGACGAGCGUCAAAAAGCUUGGGAUAUUGACACUAAUAAGGUAUAUGAGCAGCUCGAACCAGUAGGCAGCAAUGCUUGGACUUAUGGCUUCACGGAACCCGACCCACUUGAUGGUAUUAUCGACGUGUUUAAGUCAGAGAUUGUUAACAUUCCAUUUGCUCGAUUCGUACGCUCUAAGUAUAAGAGCAAGCAGGAUGUCGCACAGAAAAGUGGCAAAUCGAUGCGACCAGACGACAUUUCAUCUGUUCUUAAACAGGAGGACACUACAAGUAGUACCGAAGAUGGCAGUCUUCUUCAACAGACUUAUAAUAAGAAAAGGCGGCUUGUAGGCAGUAUUUGCACAGCCAAUAGUGACAGCAAGAAGUCCAAAUCAGGAGAAGAGUUUGCACAACCAACUGUCGACGCUAAAAAAGAGAUGAACAUCGAAAUUAUGGGAGCCAGUUUAACAGACAGUGAUUGCCGAACCAUCGAUAUGGAAAUCGAGUCACCGCAACAGCUACGACUUACAAAUGGAGUCACAUCGUUACCAAAGGGAUUCGACCCGAAGUCAACAGUGCGCGAUGAUGCGCAAGUUUUAAAACGACGCCGCGACUCUAGCUACGAAGACGAAUGCUAUACGCGGGACGAAGCCUCUUUGUACUUAGUAAACGACAGCCAGGACUCAUUAGCACGUCGCUGCAUUGCUCUUUCAAAUAUCUUUCGAAAUUUGACUUUUGUACCCGGGAAUGAAACAGUGCUGGCUAAGUCAACGAGAUUUUUAGCAGUGCUCGGCCGCUUACUCUUGCUGAACCACGAUCACUUGCGGCGGACCCCUAAAACUCGCAACUACGAUCGAGAAGAGGAUACAGACUUCACCGAUUCUUGCAGCUCACUGCAGGGUGAGCGCGAAUGGUGGUGGGAAUAUUUAAUAACCAUACGAGAAAAUAUGCUCGUGGCCAUGGCUAAUAUAGCUGGGCAUUUGGAACUUUCUCGUUAUGAUGAAUUAAUUGCGCGUCCGCUUAUUGACGGAUUACUACACUGGGCGGUGUGUCCCAGUGCGCAUGGCCAAGACCCAUUUCCAUCUUGUGGCCCGAACUCUGCGCUCUCACCGCAACGCCUUGCCCUAGAAGCGCUAUGUAAGUUGUGUGUAACAGAUGCGAAUGUUGACUUGGUUAUCGCGACACCACCAUUUUCACGAUUGGAGAAACUAUGCGCGGUUCUGACGCGUCAUUUGUGCAGGAACGAGGAUCAAGUGUUGCGCGAGUUUUCUGUAAACUUGCUGCACUAUCUGGCUGCAGCAGACAGUGCCAUGGCUCGCACCGUAGCACUACAAUCGCCUUGCAUCUCUUACCUUGUUGCAUUUAUUGAACAGGCUGAACAAACCGCAUUGGGUGUCGCAAAUCAGCAUGGUAUCAACUAUCUGCGCGAAAAUCCCGAUUCAAUGGGCACAAGCUUAGAUAUGUUACGACGAGCAGCAGGCACGUUGCUACAUUUGGCCAAGCAUCCAGAUAAUCGAUCACUUUUUAUGCAGCAGGAGCAGCGGUUGCUUGGAUUGGUAAUGUCACAUAUAUUGGAUCAACAGGUAGCACUGAUUAUAUCGCGAGUGCUUUACCAGGUAUCUCGCGGGACCGGUCCAUUACAUUCAGUUGAGUACAGAUUGUUGCAGCAACGUCAACAGCAACAACGGCCCAUCCAGACGCCGUCUGAAAAGCUAAUUGCGCCAACAGCGACCAAUAAUGUAAAACAAGAGCCCUCCUUGCAGCCAGAUGUGUCUGCAGAUGCUAAGCCUUCAACUGCCGUGGUCAUGGCAGCUGUUAUCAACGAUGAUAACAGCAACAGCAGUCAACAAUUGCCACCAGCGGCAACAUUUAAUGAUGUCAGCAAUAGUAGCACCAACAGUAAUAGCUGCGGCACCGUCAGCAGCAAUCAGACUAAUAGCAGCAGCUUGGGUAGCAGUAGUCAGCCUACUCUUAACAACUUGGUGACACCUAGCGAGCAACAAGUGGGUAAAGCUCCAUCCGCUUCGUCUUCCGCUAUGUCAUCUAACAAUUUAGGUCACAUAAACGACUCCGCUUCAUCGUCGAAUUCAACUCCCCCAUCAACUGUGACCCAACCGACUGCGCCGCCGCCAGCAAAUACGAAUACAACAGCUGCAGUUGCGUAGUAUACAACAAUGCUACCGGCAACGUCUUACUAUUGGCAAAAUGCUAGUGCUGUCGAAGGAAUUUGCAAAAGAAACUAAACGUAUUGAGCGAACACACACAUUAUACAAUUAUAUUGAUAAAACUUGAGAAUGCGAUUUGUAUUCUCUUAAAAAUGUUUAAUCAAAUAAUGUAAAUCAACUGAAUGGGAUAUAACACGAUGUGCGUAAUGAAAAGCGAAUUUUCUUUAAACCAUAGCGACAGAGACCGUGUAGGUUUAAAGUAAAAUAGGGAAAACUUGGAACAGCUUCUAACACAACACCAUGACCACUCAACCACUAUGGUCACACAAUAACUGUAUAUUUUUUCACUCAAAUCUAUAGUUAAUAUAAAGUCAAAAA